GAAUUAGCAAGCCACAGCGGGUAAUGACCGUAUGCAGGACGAUUCUACUUCAUUUGGUCUUGCUGAUACCUCUCGUUGAAAACACUUUUCGAGAGCAGAGCGUGGUUGUGAAAGGCAGAGUGAAUUGCAGGGGUGUUCAGCAACCCGGAACUUUUGUACAGCUUUAUGACGAAGAUGCCCUUCCAUUAUUUGAUAGUGACGAUCUGCUUGGAUCGGUGACAGCGGAUGAUCAUGGAGUUUUCUGUGUUCGAGGUGUAACCACAGAGGUCACCGACAUUGAGCCCUAUAUCUACAUCGAGCACAACUGUGGCUAUGAGGGUCUAGACCAGAAGCACUUCUUCAUUCGCUCUGUCCCUCAAGAAUUUGUUGUUGAAGGGAACUUUUCGAAGAAAACCUAUCACAUGGGUGAUAUAGAGCUUCUGACCAAAGAUGCUCCCGUACAACAUUACCAGCGUCGUAUGCUUAUUCAGCCCGAUGAAUCGUCUGAAGAACUAUCGCUACAUCAGCAAGUCAUGCUCUGUAUACCACAUUAUGUAGCUUAUAAAGACUACUAUGAGAAGGUAGUCGUCGAAGGUGGGACCUCUGUGCAGAACAAAACCGAAGUUGAGAAACAAGCUUGGGACGAGUUGAUGCAAAGACUGAGCACUCCUCCCGCACACCUUCUGCCAUCUGGAGAAGGGGCUUACGGCGAAACUCGUACCCACACAGAAGAACGUUUGGAUACUUAUGAGCAUAAGGAGUUUUAUGAGGAAAGACGUGAAGGAGUUCCUCUAGGAAAAGAAGAAGAAGAAAGAGAACGACAAGAGGAGCAGCGAAGGAAAGAGGAAGAGGAAAGGAUCAAAGAAGAACAGAGGAGAGAAGAUGAACGCAGAAUGGAAGAACAACAAAGACUUGAUGAAUUGCAUAGAGCGGAAGAGCAAAGACGAAUAGAAGAGGAAAGGCGACUGGAAGAGCAGAGAAAAUUGGAUGAAGAAAAGAGGCUGGAAGAGCAGAGGAGGCUGGAUGAGGAAAAGCGGUUCGAGGAGCAGAAGAAAAUGGAGGAAGAAAGGAGACGAGAAGAAGAAAGAAAAUUAGAUGAGGAGAGGCGAUUAGAGGAGCAACGAUUGGAAGAGCAAAGAAAGGCAGAAGAACAGAGGUGGUUGGAUGAAGAAAAAGCACUAGAAGAAGCUCGUAUGAGAGAAGAUGAAGAAAAGAAGCGUUCGGGGGAAGCGGCACCAAAGGAGCAUGAACUCCCGAAAUUAGAGUUGCCCAAAGAGGAGGAGCAGAUAGAAAGAGAGGAAGAUGAGCUGGUAAGGCAGCUGAAAGAAGAGGAUGAGCGGAGAAAACUGGAAGAAGAAAAGAGAAGAUUGGAAGAGGAGAGAAUUCUAGCUGAGGAAAAACGACUAAAAGAGGAAGAAGAGUUUCGAAGAGAGGAAGACAGACGAUACGAAGAGCAGCGCCGUAAGGAGGACGAAAUGAGAAAGGAAGAAGACAGAAUUCGAGAAGAAGAGCGAAGGAAGGAAGAGGAGCUACGAAGAGAGGAAAUUCGGCGGCGAGAGGAGGACUACAGGAGGGAGAUGGAGGCUCGACGAGAGGAACACAGGCGUCGGCUGGAGGAGUUCAAACGGCUGGAGGAGCAGAGGAAGCUGGAGAUCGCCAAGCUCGAGCAGGAGCGCAAGACGUGGAUGGAGAAGAUCCGCGAGCUCGAGGGGCAGAAACGCAAGCACCUCGUGCAGGUGAUCUGCUCCCGCGACAACGUCAUCCGCACCACGGCGAUUCGUCAGUACACGGAGGGUGAGGACCCCUGUGCAGGAUUCACGAGGACUUAG